UUCUGCAGCUUCUUUGUGGCUUGGCAAAAUCGUGUGAGAACACGAGGGAGUUUGAAAUGGCUGAAGAGGCUUUAUUGUCAGCUUCUACUAUCUCAGAGCGCUUAAACGGCCACAUGAAUGAUCAGACAGUCAGUCUUGUGUCACGACUCAAGGCCGUGAGAGAUCAUAUGUUGACCGAGCUGGAAAAUCGCAAAAGGGCUUUAGUUGCUUGCACGGGGCCGAAACUUGCGCCUGCAGUGAAUUCUGACACGCAGUCUUCAAUGGAAUUUGAGAACGAGGAACUUUAUCGUCAAAUGAUAGAAAAGAUUUCUGCAAGAGGUGGACUUGACUCCCUUGCCAGCUCUUCUGGUUCUACGACAGCGACGACUUUGCCAAACCUGGCUUGGGAACUUCGCUUUAGCCACCCUAUUCUCGUCUUUAGCUUGCAAGACGAUGGAAAUGACCUGUCAGGGUUUCCGGAUGCUUUUCCAAUCACGAUUCGGGGCAGCAUGAACAUCAUGGCAUACGAAAACAUUGAUAUCAAGUCCAUACACAUUGAAAUCGACGUAUCUGGAAUGAGUGCAUGGAAUGUGGAAGGUCAGAGAAAAGGAAAACAACUAUUUGGAGAUGGCGCUGAUUUCACAACGUGGAGGCUGAAACUCUGCGACUCCAAUAUCACUUCUGAUGGAAGAUUUGGAGACAACUGCACCUUUAGAUUGGACAACGAGAACUCCCAAGAAAAUACGAGACAGCCUGAGAGUGACGGUGUCGCUAAACCAGAUUAUAUUCCAUUCCCACCUGGUUCUUACAGCUACCCUUUCGAAUCAACUGUUGACUGUACUCUCCACCACGCCAAGAAACUUUUCCAUGAAGAUACAAAUUGGACUGUAUCUGUUGUCAUGGAGUUCCCUGAUUCCAACCCUCAUAUUCCAUUAAUGAAGGAACUACCUGUUAUUCAAAUUCCACGUCAGCUGAGAGCGACAAGAACUGCCACCAAUCAAUCGCUCAGACAACAGAACGAGGGCAUUUCUUUCUGUGUCGACUUGCCCUAUAAGAUAUCUCCAAUUGGCGGCAGGAUCCCCAUCACAGUCACUCUCGGGCCUGUUAACAAUGACCUUCGAGCUGAGUACUUAACCUACACCAUCGUACAAAGAGGCAAACGGUGGACGCAAGAUCGGGCAACGCAAAAUACAGAUGAGCAGAAGCUUGUGCUUUUGGAAAGAUUCAUACUUGAAGAGUCCACCCGUGUAGGAGACGAUGACUCCAGUGCACAGUAUGAGGAGGAAGCAGCCUUCUCAUGUGAAAGUGACGAGUCUUGCAAGACAUUGUUCAUAAAAGGUUAUCUGCCAAACUUGGAUCCUGAUGAGCCUGUUUCUAUCUCUGAUGAUCUCAUGUUGCCAACCUGUAAGCAGAUGAAAGCCGGAUGGCUGGUAGGUCAAGAACCUCUGGAGCUAACUUGUUCGACUCCAUUUAUCGAGUUGAAUCAUUUCAUCCAAGUCACCGUGGGCGGAUCACGUCUUGAUUCAGAUCAAUCAGAAUCACGGAUCCUGGAGACGAUUGAAGAGAUUCCUAUCGCAAUAAUCGAUUGCCGAAUUACUCACAGAAGUGAUCUCCUCGUUGAUAGUAUGGCUCAUGAGCCAUCGCCUACGAAUAACAGGACAGCAACCUGUGGUUGCCCAGACGCAGAUAUUUAUGAAGAAUGCCUCUCAUGGGAUAAGACGCCACCGACGAAUAGGCCUAUUAACGCAACACUUCUUACAGAGACGUCUCUCUAUAUAAGGGAGGUACAUGGAGGAAAUGAGGACGACGUUCGACAUAAAAAUAUAAGACUUGAGGAAGCAUGGAGUCAGCCGAUUCAGGGUCCCAGCAAGCCUCAACAUUGGGAAGUCGUUCGCGAUAGAUCAAGGAAUUCAAGCAUGUCAGAGCAUUCAAUUGAUGAACAGACUUCGGACUUACAUACCGCUGAAGACACCCUACAGAGCUUUGGCUUUACCACCGACCCUCAGGACGAACCGCCGCCGUACAGCGAUUAGCCUACAUCAAUGGAAGUAUCUUAGAAGCAAGCGAUCCUCAACAAACCAUAAUCUGGUCACACAAAACAAAAAGUCCAAGAUGGAGACGGCGUAACGAGAUUUUCCUGCCAAGGACUUCCCGUUGAUCCUCAGCGGUGGAAAUUGCCAUCCCAUUGUUUCCUAUCUAAACUGCACCUUUUCCCAACCAGGUCUCCUCGACAUGUUUACACUGAUAUCCCCAGCCGGCUUGAGAGAUGUCAGAGGAAGCUUCGA